AUGGGUUGCGGACACUCCAAGCGCGGCAGCUCCUCGGCGGCCGUCGCGCUCUGCCGCGACCGCUCCGCGUUGCUGGCCGAGGCCAUCGCAUGGCGCUACGCGCUCGCGGACGCCCACCGCGCGUACGCGAGCUCGCUGAGGGCCACCGGCGCGGCGCUGCACGACUUCCUCCGCGCCGUCCAGGACGCCGCCCCGCCGCCAGCAACCGGGCACGGUGCCGGCGACUCGCCGCCGAAAGGGGACGACGCCGACGCGGUCCCUCCCGCGGCGACGGCCCCGGCGUCGCCUGGCGCCUCAGAGGAGGAGCAGGACGGCAACGUUGAUGACGGCGGCGACAUGCCCCAGGACGAGGACGAAGCCUCUGAUGAUGGCGGCGGGAUUACCAGGUCCCCGUCCGACGACGAGGCCACCGCCGGCGCCGAGCUGCCUCUCACCAGGCCCGUCUCGCCGGCGCCCCAGGCCCAGCCGCAGCAGAUGGUCCCGCCGUACGUCUCUGCCUACCCUCCGGCGUACGAUCCUGGCUAUCCCCCACAGUUGGGUUCUGUCCAUCCUCCGCCGCCUUACAGCUAUGGCCCCGUCCCCGGCCCGGCGUAUGGAUACGGCGGCGCCGACAUGGGUGGCUACGGCCAGAGUUUCUACAACUACAACAUCAGCUACGCCCAGACCCAGCCCCCGCCGCCGUCUGCGGCCAUCGAGCAGCACCCCCAAGCUACAGAUGCCACCAUCCAGUACUACCGCUACCAGGGUGAGGCCACCUCGAGCUCCCACGCCCACUAUGGCGGAUACAAUUCCUACCCCUACCCGCACCCGCAAGGCGGCGGCUUGGCAGCAGCCUCUUCUUGGCAAUGGCAGCUGCCUACGCCGUCGCCGCCGCGGGUGUCGGCCGCCUGGGACUUCCUGGAUCCGUUCCAAGCAGUCGAAAGCUACCACCAAGAUCACCCGGCGGCAUCGGCUGCUUCACCGGCGAUACAUGCUCGUAGCCUGAGCUCGGAUGACAUCGAGGAGGACGAGGACAUUCCGGAACUGGAGGACGAGGAAUCGGGAGUGGUCGUCAGGGAGGCUCACGCCGGGGAGGAGUGCACCUGCGUCAACAGUGCUAGUGAGGAGCUGCACGAGACCAGUUCCAGUGAUGAUGAGCUGGAUAACGACAAGUCCGAUGGCAAUUGCAGCUGCCAGGAGGAGGCUGAGGGGCAUAUCGAGUUCAGAUCAUCGGAUGCCAUUGGCAGCAUUGUCGAUGGAGUGGAGAGUGUGGUGGAAGAACUGCUGAAUGAACCGGGCGUCGCUGAGCCGCCGCUGCCUGCUGUGCCAGAUCAGAGGACGUACAGCAGUGACGUCGAUGUGGUACAGGAGAUCAAGUUGCAGUUUGACAGUGCCUCAAAGUCAGCCGGUGAUGUCAGCAAGAUGCUUGAGGUUGACAAGAUGCCUUACAACCAGAAGAAGAACUCAGGAUUAAAAGUGCCCUCAAUGUUGAUUUGUGGACAACCUUCGAAGGGCAAGGCGAUCAUGCAGUUCGAGGAGGAAAAGGCUAUGGAAUGUGGAAACCUUUCAUCUUCAUUGCAGAAGCUCUACUUAUGGGAAAAGAAGCUUCUUAAGGAAGUCAAGGCUGCGGAAAAGAUAAGGGUCCUUUAUGAAAAGAAGCAUAAAGAGCAAAAAAAGUUGUAUUACGGUGGUGCAGAGGCUCAUAAGCUUGAGGCCAUUGAAAUUUAUGUGAAGAAGCUAUCAACAAAGUUAAAUAUUGCCAUUGACAUUGUCAAUGCUACUUCUAAAAAGAUCAACAAACUGAGGGACGAAGAGCUUUGGUUUCAAACAAAUGAGCUAAUCAGAGGGUUUAUGCAAAUGUGGUAUAGCAUGUCACAGUGCCAUCAGAUGCAGUGGCUUGCCUUGUCUCAUGCUAAGAGCAUGGACUCAAACAUGGCAGCUACAAAUGGAUAUCAUAUUGUUCUAAUCAAGCGUCUGGAGCUCCAAUUGCUGGAUCUGAUUGCAAACUUUUCUCAGUGGUUAAAUGCUCAGAGGAAGUACGCUACCUAUUUGAACGAAUGGCUCAAGAAGGGAAUUGAGUAUGAGCCUGAAGUGACCGAUGAUGGGGUGCCUCCAUUUUCACCUGGACGCUUAGGAGCACCCCCAAUUUUUACAAUUUAUAACAAUUGGGCAGUCAGCAUGGAAAGAAUAUCGGAGGCUGAGGUAGUAGGCACAAUGCUUGCUUUGGCCUCCUAUGUUAUGAGCCUCUGGGAGCAUCACGGGUCAAUGGAUAUGGAUGACCAGGUGAUGCGGCGCAAGGCAGUCCAGAAGCUGGUGCUCCUUUCCAACCAGAGAGGCAUUUCUUCAUCUGCACAGGUUGAUGCAGCUAAUCUACAAUCGUGCAUGAGUAAAGUUUUUGAAGCAAUGGAGAGCUUCGCUGCAACCUGUGAAACUAAUGCCUACAAGGAUUUGCAUGCUCGUGCUGAAGAAGAGAAAGCUCGACUUGAAGAUCAAGAGAAUGGCAGAGCUCCAGUUGCAGACAUAGCUAGUACAGAGGGCAACUAG